ACAGGCUCUCUCCUUCAUUCUAGGAACAUGUGGAAAUCAAGGUCUACUCCUGAAAGAUGAAAGGCAUUCACGAAACAUUGCGCCGAAGGAGGAACUCUCUUCGUGAACGUUUCUCCCACCGACGUCAGCGGUCGUCAUCCCGAAGCCAUGAAACCGAAUCAUCGUGGCGCGAAACUGGAGCUCCCAAGCUGCUUCUGACCGCUAACGCCCUGUAUUUUGACCACACUCUUUUCCAGGACUUCAGAGAAGAGGGAUACGAUAUAGCAUACCUCCCCCAUGCUGCGCCUCCGAAGCAGUACAAGGAACAGCUGCAGAGAUUCGCCGAUGUUCUGGAAGAAGAGGAUCGAUAUGCAAUUGUUGCCUAUGGGGAAGCCGCUUCGGUUGUCCUCGAUGCCUGCAUGUCGCCAAUGCCGAGACUAUGCGCUGUCGUCGCAUACUAUCCUACCACCAUUCCUCUUGCAGGCUGUGGCUUCCCAUCUUCUCUAAAUUACCUAAUUCAUCUCGCAGAGUCGCAGCCCUUCUCUGGUAAAUUGAAUUGUUACACAUAUCACCGGUCGGACGUAGGAUUUGCAGAACACGAUUCGGCCUCAUAUGACCGAGUUAGUGCACAAUUGGCAUGGGGCCGGACAAUUGCCUGCCUAAGAAAGGGGUUUGAGGUCACUGUUGAUCUUGCGCCGUUCUUGGAGAACCAUAUGAAGGUGAAAUUUGAUGCAAAAGAUGUUGAUGCGACCAUGGAAACUGUAGCAGAUGACGCAUACGUAAAUUAUGUGCCUGUCAUGAUAGGAGGGAUUGGCGCAGUUGAGCUCCGUCGCUUCUACUCUGAAUAUUUUAUUCCCAGAAAUCCACCGUCACUUGAUAUACGUCUUAUCUCUCGGACAGUUGGCAUUGACCACGUCGUUGACGAAUUAUACUUGUCUUUCAAACACUCCCAAGAGAUUCCCUGGAUCCUCCCAGGCGUCCCUCCAACGGAUAGAUUCGUGGAAAUAGCACUAGUAAGUGUCGUUGGUAUCCGUGCUGGGAAGCUAUGCCAUGAAAACGUUUAUUGGGACCAGGCAAGUGUUUUGAUGCAAAUUGGCUUGUUGGAUCCCAAAUAUAUUCCACCAAGUUUUAAGCCGGUAGCUAGCUCCACGGGCAAAAUAUUCCAGUUGGAGAGAUUACCGGUGAUUGGAGGUGAAGGCGCCCGGAAAGUGUUGAAUCCUGAAUCAGAGAAAAGCAAUGGCUUAAUAACCAGCCAGGGAGUCUAAUUUGGAGAAGAAGUGCGUAUGAUGUUGUUACCUGUUUGGUCAAAAGUAUUUGGAUAUAACCAUUAUCUCGUAUCAUUGAUCUCUAAUAUCUAAAUCUAGUGUUAAUAUACUAAGACUCAAUAUUUCCAAGAUGUCUUCUCAUAAUUUCUCCAGCAACGGUCGCAGGCUCUUGAUAUCAGGGCUAACACCACCUUUGCUUUUCAGUGUUUUAAUGCUCGCCUGCUGUGCUAAGGGGAUGACAUUUUCCACUCGCGUCUUCUCUGCCCUGCCGCUAUUCUCUCCUACUGCUAGCGCCGAUACAAGCAAGCCGAGCAAAGUGUCACCAGCUCCAUUUACACUUACGACGUCCCCCUCUUCCAAUUUCUCUGCGGCUGGGAAAAGCCGCAUAUAUACCCCUCCAAUGCCAGUCUCGCUGUCGCCAUCACCACUUCCAGCAGCCCUACCAAGAAUGUAAGGGGCAUAUUCCGGGUUGGUAAGUCUCGAAUCUCUACUCGGUAACAGCUGCGUAAGUAAUGCUCCCUGCUUGCCUAGCUUGGUGACGAUGCAAGGGAUGAACGGUAACAGUUGGAUGCUCUGUUGCGGGAUGCCUUUAUCCACAAUGGCUGCCGAUGUAAGCGAAGUGAACCGGUCCCUUGAACCUGCGCUGGGGAGGGAAAAAGAAUUUAUGAUUUUCCACCAUUCUGGACUGUGGAAGAGGCCGGCCUCUCUUGCGGUAGUAUGUAUGGAAGCGAGCUCGAUACAAUUGGGUGUGAUUAUAUCGAUUAGGUGGUUGGUCGGUGCUGUGUGAAGAGGAUCGAAUAUCGGUUUAUUCCCGAUAUUCCCGGAUUUGGUUUUGGAAAAUAAACGGGUUGCUUUCAGAGCAGAGACAGGUUCGAAGGCAAUUUUAAUCCCGUGGGCUUUGCAUAGAGACACCCAUCUGCUCAUGGCCUCUGGACUCCAAUUCGCGUCAAUAACAGCCCACGUCGGGUUGGUACGAUGGAUCAUUGGCUCCCAAAAUUCAUCAAACUCGAGCCUUUCGCUUGGAAGCUCCAGAAUGCUCAUGUCAGCCAUGGCCAGGACAAGUUCUUUCUUAGCAUCAUUGACUGCAAUGUAUUGUGCCGUUCUAGCACCAGCAGCCGUUUCAAGAGUUUGAACACCUUCGAAGUGUAGAUUUUUAUCCACUUUUUGAAGAGCUGCGAGAGCGCUGCGACCACUAAUAUCGUUUGCUACCACGCUGCAAAAAAGAACAGAG